UGUAAGUCGUGAGAUCAGCGGCUGAGAAAAAUAUCUUACUUUGAAUUCAAACCCUCCACUGACCCAUCAUCAAUCACAAAGAGUUGUGGUGUGGGUUGCCUGAUAUGAAUCUCACAAUAAAGAAAAAUAUAUUGCCUGUAAGAACUCAAGAAGUAGCAAAGUAUGACAAUCUCAGAAUCAGAAGCCCAAGCAAACACAGUCAGUGAUUCUGAAUUCUAAUGGAGCAAAGCAGAGGCCUGAGAUUGAUACUUCUCCCACUGCCAUUUCAAGGCCAUAUAAACCCCAUGCUACAACUGGGCAACCUUCUUCACUCCAAAGGCUUUUCCAUAACCAUCGUCCACACCAAGUUCAACUCUCUCAACCCUUCAAGCCACCCACACUUCACCUUCCACUCAAUCCCUGUCGACUUAUCUGAAUCGGAAAAAGCUUGCCGUCCUGUUUCUCUUCUAAACGCUAAAUGUGUUGAGCCUUUCAGGGAAUGCUUGGCUACCUUGUUAUCCGAUGCAGAGGAGGAUCCUGUUGCUUGCUUGAUCUCAGACCCUUUCUUUCACUUCACUCGAUCAGUUGCAGAGAGCUUUGAGCUCCCAAGGAUUUUGAUAAGGACUGGGGGCGCCACUUCCCUUGUUGUUUAUGCUGCUUUUCCACUCUUGAAGGAAAAGGGUUACUUCCCAAUUCAAGAUUCUCGACUAGAAGAGCCGGUGACAGAGCUGUCACCUCUCAAAGUUAAAGACCUGCCCGGGAAGGACAAUUCUGACCCUGAGAGUAUUUACCAACUGAUAACCAACAUGGCAAAUGAACCCAAGGCCUCAUCUGGACUCAUUUUCAACACUUUCGAAGACCUUGAACAACAUGCACUUGCCACACUUCGCCAAGAAACUUACCCCAAUAUUCCAAUUUUCCCAAUAGGCCCAUUUCACAAGUGUGACUCUGCACCCUCUUCUUCAACUGGCUUAUUAGCAGAAGACCAGAGUUGCAUUUCAUGGCUAAACACUCAAGCACCGAAAUCUGUUGUGUAUGUUGGCUUUGGGAGCAUUGCUGCAGUCAAAGAGGCUCAGUUUUUGGAGAUAGCUUGGGGACUAGCCAACAGCAACCAUCCAUUCUUGUGGGUGGUUCGACCCGGAUUAGUCCAUGGAUCAUCAGAACCAUUGCCUGAUGGGUUUCUCGAGAGUUUGAAUGGGAGGGGUCACAUUGUGAAAUGGGCUCCACAAAAAGAAGUGCUGGCCCAUCCAUCUGUUGCAGUGUUUUGGACUCACAGCGGCUGGAAUUCUACAUUGGAAAGCAUCUGUGAGGGGGUCCCUAUGAUUUGCAUGCCAUGUUUCGGUGAUCAAAUGGCCAAUGCAAGAUAUGUGAGCCAUGUUUGGAAGGUUGGGGUGCAGAUAGAGCAUGGCAUCGAGAGAGCUGAGAUUGAAAGAACCAUUAAUUUGUUAAUGGUGGAGAAAGACGGGGAAGAGAUCAGAGACAGAGCAAUGGAGCUAAUGGAGAAGGCAAAUCUUUGCCUCAAAGAAGGUGGCACUUCAUACCAAUCUUUGGAUGGCUUGGUCAAACAUAUUUUAUCAAUAAAAUCCUUUGCUUUUGGAAAGCAGAGUGAGUGAUCAUGAAUUUGUUUGUAUGUGUCCUUUAUUACAAAACCAGAAGCGAACAGCAAACCGAUUGAAAGUGAGACUCUGUUUCCCUGUUCCUUUUAAUAAAUGAUGGUCCAUCUUUUGUAUCAUAAAAUGUAGUUGUGCUUGAAAAAUGUCGGUGGGGAGGGCGUACGGAAACCUAGCAAAUGCUGCAAAUUACAGUUGAGAAAACAACUUCUUGCCGCUGCUCCUCUCCACCCUUUGCCACUUGUCGUUCUUCUCCUCUCUCCGCUGAUCUGCAGCACCCUUCCUUCCUCAACCUCCACUUUCACCUCCUCCUUCAGCCCCGGAAGGUCCGCCUUGAACACGUGCGCCUCCGGCGUCUCCUUCCAGUUGAUCCGCGUGUUCGCCACCGCCGCUGAUCAACGGGAAGUCCUGGAAUGGAUCCCAGAUGUCGAGAGAGAAUGGGUCGAAGACGUUAGUCCUUCGGCCGCCGAAGAAGCUUGGAAUCAGAGACACUCUGAAUUUGUGAGUGAAAAAGUGUUCGAUUUGUUGGCUAAUUGAACUGGUUUGAAUUGCUUUGGCUAAUUGCUAUUCUGCGUUGGUACGUUGGGAGGGAAGAUGAGGAAUUUAUAGCGAGAAGACACGGGCAUUUUCGUAAUCCAGAGAGUUUUUACUUGUUGACUGUUGUGGCGAAAAAAAAGAAGAUACAUAUGUGAAAUGGUUAUAGCAAUCCAGAGACAAGUGGCAUAAGAUCCACGUACAUGCAAAUAGAGGGGCUAUUGUGACUUUUUA